UUUUGGCAAGCAAACAAAACAAUGAUGCAGCAACGGAAUGCGAGAAAUCUGCGUCGCUCUCCUCCUCCUCCUCCUCCUCCGUAGGCAAGGCAAGGGGGGCAAGGCUCUAACGGAGAUCGGAUCGAACUGCCUGUGCAGUCUCCCUCCCUCCCUCCCUCCCUCCCUCCCUCAUGUCCAUAUAUACCAAAAAAUCUCCGCCGCGCCGCCAUUAGCUAGCUCUCGUCGUCUUCGUUCCUCCGCAAAUAAUUUGUUACUCAAGCCGAAGGAGGACGAGGGCGACGGGAUUGGCUAAUCAAAUCGACCGAUCUAGUGGCUGGUGCCCAGGAGAAGGGACGCGGGCAGUGCGGCUCGUCGUGGUCAGCAGCUUGUGGCGACCGGUCGCCAGGGAAUCAAUCAAUUCAAUCAGAAAGUUGCAAUUUUGAUUGAGCUCGAUUCGUCAUCCACAAGACAUUAGGGAAUCGAACCACCACAAAGCAAGAAGGCAGUCCAGUGCAGAGAGAGAGAGAGAGAGACCAAGAAGAGAAAGAGAAAGGGAAAGAGAAGCAAAGCAAUGGAUCCCUCUGCUAGCUCUGCAUACAAACACCAUGUGGUGGUAUGUAUUAGAGAUGGUGCUGAUUGCCUGCCCAUGCCCAGGAUUGCGUGAGCCAUCGUCACUCUGCUCUGCCUGAUCCUGUUGUGCUAAACAUGCCAGUCAGCACACGUAUUCAGAUUUCUUUUUCCUGUCUUGUGCUGUGUUGCUGCAUUACUCCUAUCAGGCAUCUUGUAUGUAUCACGAGGAAGAAAGACACGUAUGCAGCAGCAGGCAUUCAAUUGCAAUAGAUAGAUUUUCUUCUAAUUGAUUGAUACAUGCAACCCUCCAUCAGUAUUCAAUGGACAUGUUGCCACCACUUUUAAAUAAAUAAAUAAAUGAAAAAUGAUGCGAGCUACUUUUGGUGUUGGGGGAAGCCACCGCAUCACCGUGCUGUGCUGCGGCGGCCUCGUCCUCCUCCUCCUCCCUCCUGCCCUUUUUAUAGGCCGCCUCCGCUUCGUCGUCUUGGCAAGACCUGCCCCCGCGCCUGCAAUCCUACGACAACAGGGCGCCGCUCCUCCUGCCCGUCAAGAUCAUGGACGCCGCCGCCGACGACAAGCCGGAAAUCUCCGACGAUACGGCCCACCAGAUUAGCGUUGAUCCUUGGUAUCAAGUUGGCUUCGUCCUCACAACCGGGGUCAACAGCGCAUACGUUCUAGGAUACUCUGGAUCAAUCAUGGUCCCUCUAGGCUGGAUCGGCGGCACAUGCGGCCUCCUCCUAGCUGCCGCCAUAUCCAUGUACGCUAAUGCUCUUCUUGCACGGCUUCAUGAAGUCGGUGGCAAACGCCAUAUCAGAUACAGAGACCUUGCUGGACACAUAUAUGGACCGAAAAUUUACGGGCUUACAUGGGCUCUGCAGUACAUUAACCUUUUCAUGAUCAACACUGGCUUUAUCAUCUUAGCUGGACAAGCUCUCAAGGCCACGUAUGGACUGUUCAGUGAUGAUGGAGUUCUGAAACUCCCUUACUGCAUUGCGAUAUCAGGAUUCGUCUGUGCUCUUUUCGCCAUUGGAAUCCCUUAUUUAUCUGCCCUCAGGAUUUGGUUGGGGUUCUCCACGCUUUUCAGCCUCAUGUAUAUUGUGAUAGCAGUUGUGCUGUCGUCGAGAGAUGGGAUAACCGCACCUGCAAGGGAUUACAGCAUCCCCAAAUCAUCGCAGUCAACUCGAGUCUUCACUACGAUAGGUUCCAUAGCAGACCUUGUGUUUGCUUACAACACCGGCAUGCUGCCAGAAAUUCAGGCAACCAUCAGGCCUCCUGUGGUGAAGAACAUGGAGAAAGCUCUAUGGUUCCAGUUCACCAUUGGCUCCUUGCCUCUCUAUGCUGUAGUUUUUGUGGGUUACUGGGCUUAUGGGUCCUCAACAUCAGGCUACCUCCUCAACAGUGUCACAGGCCCAGUCUGGGUGAAAGCGGUUGCAAAUCUGUCGGCAUUUUUUCAGACAGUCAUAGCGCUGCACAUCUUUGCUAGCCCCAUGUAUGAAUUCCUGGACACAAAAUAUGGAAGUGGGCGUGGUGGCCCUUUUGAGAUCCACAACGUGGCGUUCAGAGUAGCAGUCAGAGGAGGCUACCUGACGGUGAACACGCUGGUGGCCGCGGUGCUCCCAUUCCUCGGCGACUUCAUGAGCCUGACGGGCGCCCUCAGCACCUUCCCGCUGACGUUUGUGCUCGCAAAUCACAUGUACCUGAUGGUGAAGGGGCCUAAGCUGGGUGCCAUCCAGAAAUCAUGGCACUGGCUCAAUGUUCUUGGGUUCACUGCGCUGGCUGUUGCAGCGGCGGUCUCCGCAAUAAGGCUCAUCAUGCGUGAUUCCAGCACCUACCACUUCUUCGCUGAUCUUUGAGAUCGAUCGUUUUCUUUUCUUUUUGUUGGAAUGCUGAGCCAGAGCUAGUAUUUUUUCAUUUUCAGAGAAUUAUUAUCCAUGUAUGUAAGGAUGACGCAUAUAUAUAUUGAAUAGAUGAUUUAAUAUCA